ACUGCCGAGAGAGCGUUGUCCAUUGCUUUUAUACUACGGGGUGACUCGUUAAUCCCUUACUCUGUCACUGGUUUGCCCUUUCGCAAUCUGCCAUGGCCGAUUUCUCAUACCUCUCUGAAAGCAAUGACUCAGAAGUUGAAGAGAUUCUUGCUCAAGCAAUGGAUCAAUCCAUUCUCGAACAGGUAGCGGCCAUCAAUUGUUCUGGUUUCUCAGACUCUGUUCUCUCCACUGACCUCGAAACCAGAUUCCGCAAACUCAAAUCCUUCCCGGUAACAAACCAAAAACAGAGAACUGAGGGAAACCCUUUCCUAUCUUCCAAUUCUAUGAAAAGAGAGGAACCCACAAGUUUCAAUUCACACAUAAAGAUACCCACCUCGUCAUUUAACGAAGCGAGUGCUGAUACCCAAUCUCAAGAACAGUUGCAGAGCUCAAAUAAAGGUAAAGGAAGCCCAGAUUUAUUUUCUGAUGAAGAAAAUAUGUUUUCUACUUCUAAGAAAUCGAGUGAGAAAAAGGGCUUGAAGUCGAAAUCGAAAUCGAAAUCAAAAAGUGGUUCUACCUCAUCAUCUCCUUCCGCUUCUUCCGACUCCUCCGAAGUUUUAUCUCCUCCUCGGCAGAAAUGCUGGUUUUGGUGUUCUCCCAAGAAGGUAUCCAGAAGGAAGGAAAAGCAGAAGAAGAGAGUGGAUGGUCUCCUUGACACACUCGAUUGGGGUAAGGAUGAUGAGCUUUUGUCGGAUUUGAGUAUGUUUUCAGUGAAAGACCAGCAAAAGAAGCUGAAUAAGGCAUUGAAGGAGGAAGAGCAGGUUGCUAGGGAAGCUAAGAAAGUAGUGGAAUGGGCUAGGCAGGCGUCUGCUAGAAUGAAUGUGUCUAUGACUCCUGAUGUUUCAAGUGAUGAUGAAAGAUUCAAAUGAUAGUAAUAGUUUCUACCCACAACUUUGUUUUUGCUGCUCUAUUCCAAAUUACAUCUAUAUGAAAGCUUCUCAACAGAAGAAGAAAUUUGGGGUGCCAUAACCAUGUUCUUCUAUAUUUCUCAAUUGUGCUUUCUGUUUUCUAUUGUUGAAUAUUAGUAGAAAUACAAUAUAGUGAGUGAAGAAUUUCCAAUCGAAUUGUGCUUUAGGGUUUGAAUUUUUGUUUAUAAUGAAUGAAGAAUUGUUGUAAAA